AUGAAAGUGACCACAGGAUUUAUCUUUGCGAUAGUCUCGUUUUGCCUGUUUACUUCUUUCACGCUGGCUGAAAACAGUGCAAUAGCUACGCCAGGGUCAGAUUUACUCGUUCUAACGGAGAAAAAAUUUAAAUCGUUCAUCGAAUCUCAUCCUUUAGUCCUUGUCGAAUUUUUUGCUCCAUGGUGUUUGCAUUCUCAGAUCUUACGGCCCCAUUUGGAAGAAGCCGCCUCCAUUUUAAAGGAACAUAACGUCCCGGUUGUCCAAAUUGAUUGUGAGGCUAACAAUUUGGUUUGCCUGCAACAAACCAUAAAUACUUACCCAACUCUGAAAAUUUUCAAAAAUGGUCGUAUUUUUGAUGGUCAAGUCUAUCGUGGUGUCAAGAUCACCGAUGAAAUCACCCAGUACAUGAUUCAAUUAUGUGAGGCUUCCGUCAUUUAUUUGGAUUCUGAGGAUGAAAUUCAACCAUACCUGGAAAAUGCGACUUUACCGGUGGUUAUAAACAGAGGCUUAACAGGGUUGAAUGAAACGUAUCAGGAAGUCGCGCUGGAUCUUGCUGAGGAUUACGUCUUUUUAUCUCUUCUAGAUUCGAAGGAUAAAUCACUGUCAAUUCGCUUACCAAAUACCACCGAACCAAUUCUGUUCGGUGGGAAUGUAGAUUCUUUAGUCGGAAAUUCCGUUGCUUUAACUCAAUGGUUAAAAGUGGUGAUUUUACCUUACUUCACCGACAUCGAACCUGAUCUCUUCCCAAAGUACAUUUCUAGUAAUUUGCCGUUGGCUUACUUCUUCUAUACCUCCAAAAAAGAAUUAGAUGAUUACACUGAUCUUUUUACACAAUUAGGUAAGGAAAAUCGUGGCCACAUAAACUUUAUUGCAUUAAAUUCUACAAUGUUCCCACAUCACGUUAGAUUCCUCAAUAUGAGAGAACAGUUCCCAUUAUUUGCUAUCCAUAAUAUGAUCAACAAUCUAAAAUAUGGUUUACCACAACUACCAGAGGAAGAGUAUUUGGAACUGAAAGAACCACAACCACUAGACAGAGAUAUGAUCGUUCAGUUGGUAAAAGAGUACCGCGAAGGUACUGCCAAGCCGAUUGUUAAGUCAGAAGAGAUUCCAAAAGUACAAAACUCCAAUGUUUAUAAAAUAGUUGGGAAGACACAUGACGACAUUGUCCACGAUGACGAAAGAGAUGUCCUUGUCAAGUAUUACGCGACAUGGUGUAUCCACAGUAAGAGAUUUGCGCCUAUUUAUGAAGAGAUUGCAGAUGUCUUAGCAUCAAAUGAAUCUGUUCGCGAUAAAAUCUUGAUCGCCGAAGUAGAUUCCGGUGCAAAUGAUAUCUUAAGUUUUCCUGUGACAGGAUAUCCAACAAUUGCUUUGUAUCCUGCAGGCAAUAACUCUAAGCCUAUUAUCUUCGAUAAAAUUAGAAAUUUGGAAGACGUGUUCGAAUUUAUUAAAGAAUCAGGUACGCAUCAUAUUGACGGCCAAGCAAUUUAUAAUGAACUGCACAAAACUAAGGAUUACAAAGUGUCUACAGAGGACACCGUGCAUGAUGAAUUAUAA